AUGGCAAUGUAUGAUUUAGAUGCAAUGUUUGAUUUGAUAUUAAGAGAAACAAGACAAAAAAGUUUAUAUUAUAUGGGAUUUUCACAAGGUACAACGAUUAUGUUUGCAAAACUUUCACGAAAUCCAGAAUUUGCAUCAAAGAUUCGAAAAUUUUUUGCAUUAGGACCAGUUGGAACUGUUGCUCAUUUAAUGCGAUUAGUCUUUGGUGAUAAAUUUUUUGCUUUUGAUUACAAAUUAGCAAAAUUAACUAGCAUGCUAAUUUGUGACAAACCUUUUUUAAAUCCAUUAUGCCGAGAUGUUCUCUUUCAAAUAGCAGGUCCCGAAAGUAAUCAAUUCAAUGAGAGCCGUGUAUCGGUAUAUAUUGGAGGACAAGGUGGUACAUCAGUAAUGAAUAUGAUUCAUUGGAUACAAAUGGUUAAUAGCGGGAAAUUCCAAGCUUAUAAUUAUGGGUCAACGAAGGAGAAUCAAAUAUAUUAUGGAAGUGAUUCACCACCAAUCUACAAUCUAAGUUUGGUUAAUGUUCCAAUUUAUUUGUUUUCGGGUAUGAAUGAUUGGCUUGCAAAUCCUGUAGAUAUUCAAGAAUCACUGCUAUCAAUGUUACCAAAUAAGUCAAUCAAACGAAGAAAACAAUUCAACGAUUACAAUCAUUUGGAUUUCAUUUGGGGUUUAAGAGCGGCUGACGAAAUUUAUCGACCAAUUAUAUCGAUCAUUAAAAUGCGAAAAAGAGUGAAGAAAUUGCUCGACAAUUUUAUGACAACGAAAGUUCGCCAAAUUUAA